GGGAUUUUCAGGUUAUUUCACCCCUACACCAACUGUCAAACUAGAAACCCUGAAAAAGUACAUAAAUUCAACGCAAAUAAACAAAACCUUCACCAUUAGGAUGCAUGGAAUAAUAUCCGUAUUAACCAACACAAAAAACCUCGUUAAGGAAUUACAACGAAUCUUACCCAACCAAACAUUUAAAGAAGUCAAAACACCUGAAAACGACGCAGAUUUUAAACAAUCCAGGAUCAUAAUCGCAGACUUCGAUUUGAUUGGUCCUCACUUGUAUGAUCUGCCCAACGCGAAGUGGGUGCAAGGCACGUGGGCAGGCACCGACAAAUUGGCGGCGUAUUUGAAUAAAGGAGAGCCGAAUUUCGAGAUUUCCAGGUUUUCAGGGGACGUAUUCGGGAGAAUUAUGGGGGAGUACGUUUUGGGGAAUGUGGUUAACUUCGAAAGGGAUUUUUUCAGGGUUAGGGAGAAUCAGAGGGGUAAAUUGUGGUGUACGGAAGGUAAAAUUGAGGGGUAUAGGAGUAUAGGAGAUCUGACAUUUGGUGUUAUGGGGUUGGGGAAUAUUGGGGGGAGAAUCGGGAGGUAUUUAAGUUUGUUAGGGGGGACAAUAUAUGGUUAUGGAAGAAGGAAUACCUAUGAUGAUAAGGAGUAUCCAUUUAUAGAGAAGUAUUUCACUAAAAAUACUUUAAAAGAAUUAUUAAGAAGUGUUGACUAUCUUAUAAACGUUAUGCCCAAAACUGCUGAAACUACAGACCUAUUAAGUGAUGAUAUUUUGGAGAAUUGUAAGGAAAAAGGGGCUAUUUUUAUAAAUAUAGGAAGAGGAAAUGUAAUAUUAGAAGAAAGCCUUAUAAAAGCGUUGGAUAAUAAAUGGAUUAAUGGGGCGAUUUUGGACGUUUUUCAAAAAGAGCCCCUGGACAAAAAUAGUAAAUUAUGGACAUACGAAAAUGUCUUUAUAACCCCACACGUUUCGGGGUUUAGUAACCCCAAAGAUGUAGCCCUACAAUUCCAAAAAAACCUAACAUAUUACGAAGAAACAAAUAACAUUCCAUUUAAACUUAAUUUUGAAAAAGGAUAUUAAUUCAUUGAUAAAAAAUCUCGGUCAGAAAUACACAAUAGUAAAUCAAAUUACUUGGAGCGCUAACAAUUUUUUUUGGCAUACAAUCAAAUUGUGUGGGAGUUGUUGACAGUCAAAAAAUCGUUCCGCCAUAUUUUAGAUAGUAUUUUAAUACAGGGUGUUUUAAUAAGUGUUUAAAUUUUAAUAUUUGAGACUAUUUUUGACCAUAACUUUGUUAGUUUUAGGGAUUUAAAAUUUUUGUAAAAUGUUAUAAAAUCAUUGUGAAAUUACACACAAAUUAUGAUUUUAUGUAUUUUUUGUAAACACAGCAGUUUUCGAG